AUGGCCCAAUCGAUGGCUCCUACUCCUAGAGAUGCGAUGCCAUCCACCAACGUGCUACUCAACAAAACAACGAACCAGCUUGACUAUUCAAAAUACGUGAAAAAAUUUUCGUCCUCCCUAGAAUGUGGGAGCUCCUACUGCAAAGAUUUAAACUACAGGGAGCACUUCCACUGCCUGGACUGCAACUCGAGGGUGUUCAUCAAGAAGGAAGAGAUGAUCCGCCACUUCAAGUGGCACAAAAAGCGGGACGAGUCCCUUCAGCACGGCUUCAUGCGUUACAGCCCCCUGGACGACUGCAGCGACAGGUUCGCCAACUGCACCCACAACAAGAAGCAGACGCACUACCACUGCAUCAAGGAAGGAUGCGACAAGGUCUACAUAUCCACUUCUGACGUGCAGAUGCACGCUAACUACCACAGAAAGGACUCCGCCAUAAUUCAGGAGGGCUUCCAAAGGUACAGGGCGACGGAGGAGUGCGGGGCCAGCUACUGCGCCUUCUUCGGGCAGAGGACCACCCACUUCCACUGCAGGAGGACAGGGUGCAGGUUCACCUUCAAAAACAAAAGUGAUAUGGAAAAGCACAAGUCCUACCACAUCAAAGACGAGCAGCUGUCUCGAGACGGAUUCAAGAAGUUCAUGAAGAACGAGAUCUGCCCGUUCGAGAACUGCAGGUUCUCCAAAGUGUGCAACCACAUCCACUGCAUCCGACCACAGUGCAGUUACGUUCUACACAGUUCAGGCCAGUUGUUCUCGCACAAACGCAAACACGAGCGAAAGGACUCCGAACUGGCCUACCGAAAGUACAAACUAGCCCAAAGCAUGAUAAAAACCCUCGCUGACGGUUCGGUAGCCCCGCCGAUGCCCUUCGCUCGUGACUACGAGGCCCAAAUCGACAGUCUGAACCUCGCUAUGUACAACCAAUCGGCAAGCGGCAUGUCGAACACGGAGAGUUUGAGCGAGAGGAACUCCCCUGUGAGUUACGAAGAGUCGGAAUCGACUUCCGCUAUGGACUUGAGCGCGAACGAGUCCAAUUUCGCUCAGGAAGACAAUAUAAAUUGGAAUAGCGAGGAGUGUUGGAGGAAAUACUGUCAAUUUGUGCCUGAAAAUCAGUGUCCCUCGGAAAAAUGCGAUUACACUUACACUGAUCACUACCACUGCUUCGUUGACAGCUGUGAGAUGGCGUUCAGCAGCAAAGAGGGCGCUAGGGAGCACGCCAGGAACCACGAACAACAGGAGAUGAUCACCGACAACUAUUUUACAACUGUUAUUGCUCAGAAUGGAGGGUGCGAUGAGUCCUGCAUUUACCAGGACAAGGAGAAGCAUUUCCACUGCAACUGGGACAAUUGCAGGGAAGUUAUACUGCCCACGGACAAGCCUUUUCGGCGAUUGGAGCAUUACAAGAUGCACGAGUAUUCAAGGAAACUAAGUUUGACUAAGGAUCCCCUCACUAUGACCCAUCUAUCGAGUUCCAUCGAUGGUAUGUUCUGCAGAAAACGUGGACGACCUCCUAAGAAUCGCGUUAUAGAAGUAUGGAAUGAUUAUAACCCCAUGGGCACGCAGACUUUAAUGGACAGUCCCCAGGCGAUCUUCACAAGCUUCAAAUUACCAAAACCAUCUGCAACACCAUCAAGCAGCAAAGAAGUCGAGCAACAAGACUCGAACGAUGAGAGAUCGAGCACCCAUAGCCCCACAUUGCAGGACUACAGCUUGCAGGGCUUCGACAUUUUUGGGGAGAAUACGAAAUGUCCGGACAACUUGUGUCCGUAUCUGGGCACCACGCAUUACCAUUGCAAUCAACACCGAUGUCUCUAUGUUACCGACAAAGAAGACGUCCUGAUAGUCCACUCCAAAGAUUUCCACGACAACGUCGAGAUCUUGGACGGGUUUGAAUUUUACGACAGAAACGUCGAUUGCAGGCUGCCCAAUUGCGCGAGUAACAAAGUCAACAGACAUUUUCACUGUACGAGACAGAAUUGUAAUUACUCGUUCGUUCAGUAUUCGACUAUGGCCCUUCAUAACCAGAAACACGCUGAAGAAAGCGGGCAGAUGCCGGAGAUUCGAGUCAAAAGCGAGGCCCAACUGACUGACAAGCAGGAUCUCGGGGAUAGUCAAUACAAAGCGAUUAACUUGAGCCAAAGCAUUGACAAUAAAGUUUCUGUGGUGAAGGCAUCAGGAACUUUCUAUCCUUUAUCUACAUUGCCAACCGAACAAAUACAAAAAUCACCAGAAUAUAAACCUAUCACUUCAGACUCGGGUCCUCAAAACGAACUAACUGCUCAAAACAUAGGAAGCAACACGCUCUACGGACCCGAAUUGAAUUGCUCAAGACCCUUCUGCAAACUGAAACGCAAAUACCACUACCACUGCAACGCCUGCAACCAGGCGUUCGGCGAACUUGACCGAUUGAUAACGCACGUGGCAAAGCACAGCAGCGGAGUACUCAGCAGCCAGUUACAAGAAGACAACAACAACCAAUCGCCCCCUUCAGAGUCUCCCCCGGAGGUGUCCGCAGCCGUAUCUACCUCGUCCUCGGAGGGGAAGAUAAGCGUGGCUCCAUUGCAGUCGUUGCAGAACCCCGUAAUGCCCCAGAAAGAACACGAGACUUACCUGACGCCCACUUUCGACGCUUACAGUCACUUCAACAACUUCCCCGCGAACUUACAAUUCGCGCUGAUAUCCCAGCAGCAACAAAUGCAAAACGCGUUUCUACCCCAGAGCUUGUACCAGAACCCCCAAUUGAUGUUCCAACACGCUCAGCUGAUGCAGAGUCCGCUGUUGGCCACGCAGAAUCCCUAUCAGGGAGAGAACUUGACGAGCCCGUUAGCCGCCAUGGCGGCCAAUUUGAACAAACGUUCUUUGAGCCCGCACGAGAUGUCCCCGGAGGCGAAAAAGGCCAGGAUACAGAACUCCAUGAGGAUUCUCAAAGACGAGCCGGUGCCCGAGGGGUACCUCAGGUUUAGAUUCAACGAAGACUGUCAGUACCAACAUUGCGGGUAUAGAGAGCACCAGACUCACUUCCACUGUCAGAGGCAAGACUGCGGGUACAGUUUUUGCGACAAGACGCGUUUCGUCCAACACACCGCCAGGCAUGAACGACUGGACACGCUCAUGGGGGGGGACUUCCAGCAGUACAGGGCCAACGUCGCUUGCGGAAGGGCCGAUUGCGCGUAUACCGCAAAUUUGGGAUCGACUCAGAACAAGGCGUCUCACUUCCAUUGCCUUAAAUGUGACUUCGUGUGCACCGAUACCAACAAAGUAGUGGCCCACCGAAGACAGCACCAGAAGCUGGACUCGAUCCAAGCCGCCGGUUUCGAGAAGUUUACUCCCAGCCAAAUCUGUAGGGUACCCAACUGUCAGCACAGCGGUAAACAAACCCAUUACCAUUGCCUUCAGUGCCAGUACGCCGUUUUGGGACUGGCUCAGAUGUCCGCUCACAAGUACAGGCACAUGGAAGGAUAACAACGAUUCAGGUCUUAUUUCAGUUAGUAAUGUUAUCCGUUCAACUGAUUUAUUAAAAAUACAGGUCUGACAUAUCAGAGAUCGACGUACAACAUACAACCGAUUGUAUUUUACUCUAUUUGUUAUACAUACUGUAAAUAUUUGUACAAAGCAACAAUUUAGUAUAAUAAGGUGUAUAUUUUUGUAAAUAUUGCAAAAUUGAUAAUUAAAUACCUCACGAUAUUUAAAAAUAUUGAGGAAAAAUAGAUUUCAAAAAUUUAAAAGUCCAGAGGUGAUCUUCGAAGAUUAAUUUAUUCAAAUGACUGAGUUUUAACUGAAAGUUGUAAAAGAUGCAAAUGAAGGUUUUUUUGAACUUUAAAAGUAGGCGUUUUUGUUUCAAGGAAAUUAAAUCGUCGGAAAAUGCGGGAACCCCUUUUAAUUUGCUCCGAAGCGAUUUAAGAAGUAUUGGACGUUGCACUUUGCUCGCUGUGAAAAUGGGAAUUAUCGAACAAAAAUAUCAAUUCUUUGUGAUUUUUAAUGUAACUAAGUCUCAUCGUCCAGUGUAAACUUUUAGUUUCUUAAAAAUAUACACAGUGGUCUAUACCAAGACGACCCAAUUCAGACGAUAUUUUUUAUAUAUGUAGUAGGCCAUGGAUUACUAACUAGACCAGCGCAGAUGUUGUUUUGUUUAUGUAGUAGACCAUGGAUUGCUAACUAGACCAGUGCAGUUGGUUCAACAUAGAUGUCUAGAUUCAUUUAAAUCCUAAUUUUAGAGGGAUCUCCUGGUUCUUAAUGGGUUGUGCUGUAUACAACGGGGGUUCUUGCAUUUUUCCAUCAGUCAUUUUGGCUGAGACACUGAAAGCCUGCUGUGCAUAUUAAUAUAUUAAUGAAGAAACAAAUGAAUGUAAGGUGGGGCUUCGUCGAAGAUGGCAGACUUUCCAUUUCUAAAGGUUAUUUCAGACUACUCAGAUUGAAUUAAAGGAGUGUGAAACAUCCUUUACAUGUGACAGGCUGUACUGAGAGUGGAAAAUGUAGAUUUUUUUUAAAUUCUAAAUAGGGAACAAUAUGUAAA